AUGAUCCUCGAAGCCAUCGCUGACUAUCGGCUUUGGAUCUGGCAUACUUACUUUGGUGUGGCGGGAUCGAACAACGACAUCAACGUCCUGAACUCAUCGUAUCUCUUCACCGAGCAAUGCAACGACAAUGGCCCGGCCAUCGAGUUCACUGCAAACGGCCGCAAGCAUCAUAUGGGGUACUACUUGGCCGAUGACAUAUACCCGAAGUGGCCUGUAUUUUUGAGGACGAUCAGCUGCCCAACGGAUCGUCACCGAGAUUUAUUUGCGCAAUGGCAGGAGGCUGCGUGGAAGGAUGUGGAGCGGGCAUUUGAUAUACUCCAAGCGCAGUGGGCAAUAGUGAAGGGUCCGGCGCGUUUCUGGUACAAGGAAGUCAUCGCUGAUGUCAUGUAUGCGUGCAUCAUCUUGCAUAACAUGAUAGUCAAGCACGAAUGUGGAAGAGUCAUCGAUUGGGGCGAUGAUGAAGCUGGAUCUAGCACGGCGACUCCGCCCCACGUUCGAGGAUUACCGAUGGGCUACAAUGAGGUUUUAGCGGCACAAGCGUCAACAUUGGCGGGCCUACACACAAUGGGGGAGGGGCUUUAA